GUUGACAGUGUUGUCAUGUCUUUGUUGCCUCUGUAGCAUCGCAAAUUUUGUGAAUCGAAGUGGGGAAUAGAUGAAAAAAUAUCAGUUAUUAUCGCAGAAGAAACCAGCUUAGACCUUACUUACAACAGUUAAACCACCCAAAAGAUGGAGGAAACGCUGAAUGGAUCACUGCCUGUUGUCUCCCCGGAGUAUCUUCAACAGUGGGUCCGUUCUGCCCAGCAGUUUCAAGCUCUUCAGGCCCAGUACGCAAACUUCAAUCCUAAUCACCAGUUUCACUACCCAGAGCAUCAGACUGGAGAAGCAGCCAUUGCACACAUGGCUAAUGCAGAGCCCAUGAUGGAUCAGCUGGAACCUGCCAACUUGACAAAACCCACAGCCAAAAAGAGAGGCAGACAGGCACAACCCAAGACACCCGGUGAACCCAAACCACCAAAAGUCCCCAAACCACCAAAAGUCCCCAAGGCACCAAAAGUCCCCAAGGCACCAAAGCCCCCCAAGGACCCAAAUGCACCCAAAGCAAAACCAGGCCCUAAGCCCAAAAAGGGCAGCGAGGCUCAGACUGAUGGGAAACAGGAAAAGAUUGAUGAGAGCUUCAAGAAGGUGAAGAGGAAAGUUGACCGCUUCAAAGGGAUGUCAGAGGAGGAGGUCAUGAAAAAAACUCUGCCAGACCUCCUGGAAUACAACCUGGACUAUGUCAUUAUUGGUAUCAAUCCAGGGCUGAUGGCAGCUUUCAUCGGGCGUUGGUUUCCAGGACCUGGAAACCACUUUUGGAAAUGCCUAUUUCUAUCUGGAUUCACUGAAGAACAACUCAACCACAUGCAUGAUACAGUUUUGCCCAUCAAGUAUAAAAUGGGCUUCACCAACAUGGUUGCCAGGGCAACACCUGGGAGCAAAGACCUCUCGAGUAAAGAGUUACGUGAAGGCGGCAAGAUUCUUGUGGAGAAAUUGAAGAAAUAUAAACCACUUAUUGCUGUAUUCAAUGGAAAAUGUAUCUAUGAAAUGUUCUGCAGGGAGCUGUUUGGCAAGAAACCACAAAAACUUGAAUUUGGUUUGCAGCCACACAAGAUCCCUGACUGUGAUGUGGCCCUGUAUCUGAUGCCUUCAUCCAGCGCACGUUGUGCUCAGUUCCCUCGUGCUCAGGAUAAAGUCCACUUCUAUAUCAAACUGAGGGAGCUCAGAGAUCAACUGAAGGGUGUCCAUAAAAGCACUGAGGUCCAGGAGGUUAACUACUCAUUUGACCUACAAUUGGCUAAGGAGGAUGCCAAGAGACUGGCAAUAAAGGAGGAGCAGUAUGAUCCUGGUUAUGAAGAUGCCUUCGGUGGAGCAUAUAUGGAGAAAGGACCUGAAGAAGGCACAGCUGAAAGCAAGACAAACGGCCACUGUACAUUUUCAUCUGCUAAAAACACAGAGGUAGCGGAGGAAGCAACGACGUCGCAGACAGCGGAGGGCCAGCUCCCAGACGGACAGUGGAUGACUCAGUCCUUUGCAGAUCAGAUUCCUGACAUAAGCGGUGGACCAAAAGAUGGCAGCAUAUGAGGAAAAGGUCUCUUUGUUGACACUAAUGUCUGCCAAUUCCAUCUUUUACCUCAUUUUUUUUUUUUUCUUCUUUUCGCUAGUGACUGAGUGGAAUCUGACCACAUUUAGGACUUUAUAGAAAUUUUGCAGAGUACUUUUUUCUGCACUUUUUUUUUUGUGGUCUUGUAUGAUUGUCUUCACAAUAUGUAAAAUCAGGGACACUGAUGUUUGACUGUCUUUGGAGAGGUUCAUGUAUUUUAACAUUUGUUUUUUCCUUGUACUGUACUGUACUGCACAUGCUGCAGUAUGUUUCAAUGUUCAUAUUUACUGUCCAGACAGUAGAUAAAACUGUUUUUUAAGCUUGACAGAUCAGAGUAAGUGUGUAGGAUCCUUUUUGCAAUAUGAAUUUAACUAGCAUUACUGUUUUACAUUCAUGGUGCUAUGAACUGAGAUCCAAAAUGAUCACUUGAUAAAACCAGACUUGUGUCAAAUGUCCCACAAGGGGAUAUUUUUAGAAGACUUUUAUUAUGUUACACAACUCAAAAUGUUUUUCAUUUGAAAUUUUGAUCACUUUUUUCCUUUAGGAGUAUUGUAUGUUUAUAAAAGCUGUCAUUCAAAUGGAAUUUUAUGAAACAUUUGUGAAUUAAAAUAUCCUAAUGAUGCAUUUUUAUAUAUAUAUAUAUAUAUAAUUGGUUUACCUUUAUUUGCACACAGUAGUACUUAAUUUAAUUGUUUUGAGACAAUAUAGAACAUGAAAAAAAGUGGAAAUUAACAUUCAAAGGACCGGAAUGCUACAUCAUAGCUCAGGAUGUGAAUAACAUAAAUGUUUGUUAGAAGAAUCUUGCCAGAGGUAGAUGAGAUUUUAUAUCAGCAGCUGCAACAUCUUUCAAAUCAGCCAUCUGGAUCACUUGGAUGCCUUUAAAUACACACUUUUUCAAUAUGUUUAUCAUAAGUUGAGUUUGUGCACCUUGUGAAGUCAGUGAAGAAUUAUGUGCCUUGAAAGUAAUUCAGCGAGGCCUUACAGUACCUUGAAGCAGGCUGGGAAAAAGGGCAGAAACUCUACUUCCUUUAAAGAUUAUUAAUUCUGUAGAUAAUCCUACAAAGCUAUUUUGUUGUCAAAUGUCAGUAAUUCAAAUGCAAGGUAUUCACAUGUGUUCUAGUUAACACAACCAUAAAAGAUGACCCUGUAGAGUUUGUGUGGUCAUUAUGAGGUGAACAAAUUCAUACAUACUUUUUCUUUAAUGCAAACAUACACCUGGUUAAUAGAGAAUGUGCGAUGUUUUGUUACAGAGAAAUAAAAGAAAAUACAAUGAUCUGCAAGUCACAUAAACCCCAAAUUGAAUAAGCAUAAUCAAGACAAACUAUCAAAUGGUGAAAAUUAGAAACAUGUAUGCUUUUUAUUAUAUAGUGUAUAGUCAUUUUUAGUUUAAUCCCAGUAACAGUUUAAACAUAAAAUGGAAACAGUGAUCAUUUCCUACAAAGUGCUGUGAAGACAUAUAUUCAUAUUAUUUACACUUUCAUUGCAUUAAUCAUUAGAUCAGCUUCAGUUCUGUUCACAAUCACAACUAUUACAUUUUUAUGUUUUUCUUGAAUUUUUUUUAACAUUUUAAUGCAAUUUUGGAAAUAU